GAUAAUUAAAGGGAAAAAAUGGAGAAGGCAAGAGCCAAAAGAGGGCAAAGCUGUGAUUAAAAACACCGUCACCUCCCCGUCAACGGAGAGAUCGUGUUUUCUCGAACCUUCCACGAGAUUUUCUACUAAGAACCAUCGAAAGCCGAAGACGAAGAGACUAGAGACGACGAAGAAGAAGGAACACAUAAAAAAAAAUCAAUCAAUCAAAGACCUUUGCUGAUUAAUCGGAUUCAGGAAAAGUGAAGAAGCGAAAGAGAGAAGAAGAAGAAGAAGAAGGUGAGAUGGGAGUUGAUUAUUACAAGGUUCUACAGGUUGAUAGAAGCGCCAGCGACGAUGACCUUAAGAAAGCUUAUAGAAAACUCGCUAUGAAAUGGCAUCCCGACAAGAACCCUAACAACAAAAAAGACGCUGAGGCUAAGUUCAAGCAGAUCUCUGAAGCCUACGAUGUUCUUAGCGAUCCUCAGAAGAGAGCGGUGUACGAUCAGUACGGUGAGGAAGGGUUAAAAGGGAACGUGCCACCUCCCAAUGCUGCUGGUGGAGCUUCCUACUUCUCAACAGGAGAUGGACCUUCAUCUUUCAGAUUCAACCCGAGAAGCCCGGAUGAUAUAUUCGCUGAGUUUUUCGGGUUCUCGACCCCCUUUGGUGGUGGAGGUGGUGGCAGCGGAGGGCCGAGGUUCUCUAGCCGCAUGUUUGGUGAUGAUGUGUAUGCCUCGUUUGGUGAUGGAGGAGGUGGAGGAGGACCAAUGCAUCAUCAUCACCAUCAUCAUCAUCACGCUCCAGCUAGGAAAGUGGCUCCUAUCGAGAACAAGUUGCCUUGUAGCCUUGAAGAUCUCUACAAAGGAACCACCAAGAAGAUGAAGAUCUCCAGGGAGAUUGUAGAUGUCAGCGGAAAGGCAAUGCAAGUGGAAGAGAUUCUAACAAUUGGAGUGAAACCCGGGUGGAAGAAAGGCACAAAGAUCACAUUCCCAGAGAAAGGCAAUGAGCAUCCGGGUGUGAUUCCAGCGGAUCUAGUAUUCAUCAUUGACGAGAAACCCCAUCCAGUGUUCACUCGAGAGGGUAACGAUCUGAUUGUCACACAGAAGAUCUCACUAGCUGAUGCCUUGACAGGCUACACCACAAACAUAACGACCCUUGAUGGCCGUACACUUGCAAUCCCGGUCACCAACGUGAUCCAUCCAGAGUAUGAAGAGGUGGUUCCUAAAGAGGGAAUGCCACUUCAGAAAGAUCAGACAAAGAAAGGGAACUUGAGGAUCAAGUUCAAUAUCAAGUUUCCAGCGAGAUUAACUGCGGAACAGAAAGCUGGGUUUAAGAAGCUUCUUGGGUGAUAAUGAUUAAAGCUUCUGUCUUGUGAUGUGUGGAGAUUAAGAUCAUUUGGUAAUAUACGAUUUAUAGGGAAUUCUCCCCCUCUUCAUUAAUUUCGUGUUGUUAAACAAGUCUUCUUUUUACAGAAUAGUUCUUUCAAAUCUUUUUUAAAGAAUAGUUCUUUUCAAGA